UUAAUGGGAUCAAAUCAGUUUAAAAAUAUACGCUCAGUUAUGAAAUGAAGUGCAUUGAAUAUGAUGACAAAUAUAAACACAAAAAAAUUUCACCCGUUUUCAUCAUUUUCAGAAGAUUUUUCUGUACUCAGCUCUCCGUUUUUAUUUCGAAAUUAACUCUACAAUAUUUUAUUGUUUUACAAAUUUAAAAAAAAGCGAAUAGUUUCAGCAGAUUUUGUUUGUCAUGGAAAAUAUAAGAAGUCCUAAAAGUCUCACCAAAAGUACAAAUUCUCAAAAUGCUGGCGAAAAUAAAAUCUCAUGUUCUGAAGCUAAAAACAAAGAGAGUGGUGCGGUGAAAAAGAAAACUAAAGCUGUAUCAGAAGUUGCACCUGUUGAAGGUAGUUCACCAAAGAAAAAAAGUGGUAAGUCUAGGGUGCGAAAGAAGAAGGUUAAGUCAGAAAUCGAAGAAAAAAUUGAUUUAUCGGAUAGAUCUCAGAAUGGUCUGGGUUCCAGUUCAAGUACAAGUGAAGUAAUUUCUAACUUUUCAUUAAAAAUGAAUUCUACUGAUAAUAUGAGGAAUACUAAACAAAGUAGAAGAACGUCCUUGCCAGUCGAGCUUAGAGAACAACCUCAAAGUACACCUAAUAAAAAUACUCCAGAUAAAAAGCCUUCCAACUUUAGAUCUAAAACUCCAGAAUGUAAAAAUUUUACUAAGCCAGGAGUUAAAAAACCUAGCUCAGUCAGAAAAGGCAUAAAAUUUGAGCCUUAUAUUCCUCUUUUUCAAGUUCAACAAGGAUUGAAACGUGGCGAAUUUAUUGAAGGAGCUUUAAGAAUCAAUCCAAGGAAUUAUGAAGAUGCUUAUGUCAAUUCACCAGAUGGAAAAAUGGAUAUUUAUAUUGGUGGUAUGCAAGCUAGAAACAGAGCUCUAAAUGGCGAUCAUGUUUGUGUCCAAAUUAACCAAAAACAAGAGUGGCGUGUAUUAUGUGAUGCAAUUAAAGAUUACCAAGAAAAAAGUGGAGAAAUUAUUUAUGAAACUAUAGCUAAGUCAAAAACUCCAAGUCCCUGCAAAAUUCAUACUCCAGAUAAGUUGAGAUCACGUGCAGUUUCUUCAAACUCUUGGGAUAGUGCUUGUGGAGAACGAAUGCCAGAUACUGUAGAAAUUUUAGGUGUAGAUAAAUUAGCUCAACAAUUCAGUGAUAUAGCAUUAGGUCAAAGACCAAACUUCAAGUCUUGUGCAAACAAAAGUUCAAAAUCAAAAGAAGGAAGCAGUGAAAGUGACAAAAAUGUUUCUUCUUAUAUACAGUCUCAGGGAUCUUCAGAAGAUUGCUUGGACAAACUUUCUCCUCUAAUUGGCCAGAUUCAUCAUGAUUUAAAUAAUGGGAUUUUCCAGGGAAACCAAAGAGAUAACAACUCUUCCAAUGUUCCUGAGAAUUAUUCCACUUUUUCUGGUUUUCCCUCAGAGACAUAUCCUCCUUGUGAUAUGAAUGAUAUUGGAACAUUUAAUUUGGAAAUGCAAUCAGAUGAAGCUUCUAAGUCUUGGGAAGGUGAUGAAUCCGGAUUUAACAUUAUAGUAUCACCUGAAGAUUUAUUAAGUAUUGAUGGGAAUUCAUUACUGAAUCAUGAUAACCAUAGUUGGAAAUGUAAUGACAACCAUGAUAAUAGUGACAGUGAAAUUGGUGGUAUUAUAGUCCCUCCAGGUGAACUUUCUGGAGAUGAAUUUACUGAUUCAGCAAGUGUUGACAGUACUCAUAGUCAAACCUUAGAUCAAGUGAUAGAAGAUGCUGCAUUUCUCGCAUGUCAACAAGAUGCUGAGAACAAUAAUGUUGAAAACAAUAUGAAUCCUGUGACAAAUUUUGAUUUGGCGAGAAUAUCGACCACUUCUAAUACAUCCAUUGUAUCUAGAGACAAGUCACUGGAAAUGGAAUGUAAAAUACAAAAUAUACAAAAUAAUCCACCUCUGUCAUACUAUGAAGUUAAUUCUGAUUCUGUGAUUUGCUCUGCUGUUUCAGAAACACAUGUUUCUAAAUGUUUAAGUAGCUCAGAUGAAAACUUAAACCAGCCUGUUAUUGAGCAUCAUAUUGGUUUCAGUGCUGAUGCAGGUACAGAAGUGACUUCAGAUAUUAAAAAGAAUAAAAAAUCAAGACAUCGAAGACGGCCUAAACGUGGAAAACAAAAAGAUCAAUCAGCGUCUGACAUAACUGAGGAUGUACAAAUGAACUUGAGUGAUCUUACUGUUGAACAAGUUAUGGAACAUCCCUUGUGGCCUCAGUUUAUUCAGAAGACAGGAAAAGUUGUUCAUGUCUUACAGACGAAACAUUCUUGUAUAGCAGCUGGUCAUUUGAAGCUAUGUAAUGACAGAAAUCCCAAGUGGGCCUUGUUUUCACCAAAUGAUAGUCGUGUUCCUAGAAUGAUGAUUCCUAUUUCUGACUGUCCUCAAAACUUUUAUCAUCGACCAACUGAUUAUUCUAAAGUCUUGUUCUUGGGUCAGAUUGUUGAAUGGAACGAAACAUCGACAUUUGCUUCUGGUCGCUUAAUAAGAACUCUUGGGAGUACUGGUGAUGUUGAGGCUCAAACUGAAGGUAUGCUAGUUGAAAAUUCUGUUGAGUAUGGAGAAUUUCCAAUUGAAGUUUUGAAUUGUCUUCCUGAGGGAGAGGAAUGGUCUAUUCCUGCUAAUGAGAUAAAAGGCAGAAAAGAUUUUCGCAAAGAAUGUGUGUUUACUAUCGAUCCUGCUACAGCUCGUGACAUGGACGAUGCAGUUUCCUGUGAAGUUUUAGAUAAUGGUAACUUGGCGGUUGGUGUACAUAUUGCAGAUGUAACAUAUUUCGUUGAGCCAGAUAAUGACUUGGACAGGUUUGCCCAACAAAGAGCUACGAGCGUCUACCUUGUACAAAGAGUUGUGCCAAUGUUACCCCGCAAACUCUGUGAUGAUUUGUGCAGCUUGAAUCCCGGUAAAGAUCGGUUAACAUUCUCUGUAGUGUGGGAGAUUUCACCUACUGGAGAAAUACUUCAACACUGGAUAGGGCGAUCCAUAAUUAAAUCAUGCAUAAAAUUAAGUUAUGAACAUGCACAAAGCAUGAUAGAAAAUCCCAAUAAAGUUUGGUCUUCUACAGAACACCCAGAAAUUUAUGGCGGCUUUCAUAUAAAUGAUGUAAUAAAACGAGUGAAUCAGCUCAAUGCCUUAGCUGUGAAAUUGAGAGAACAACGAUUCUCUAAUGGUGCAUUGAGACUAGAUCAAGUGAAAUUGCAGUUCACAUUAGAUUCAGAAACUGGUUUGCCAUCUGGUUUCAAUGUUUAUAUGCAGAAAGACAGCAAUAAACUUAUAGAAGAGUUUAUGUUGUUGGCAAAUAUGACAGUAGGGAAAAAAAUACAUGAUACAUUUCCUGGACUUGCUUUAUUGCGUCGUCAUCCUCCUCCGCAAGCAAAACCAAUGCAAGAUGUUGUGUCUAUGUGUGAAGCUGUUGGCGUUAUUCUUGAUGCUAGCAGUAGUGGUGCACUUCAUGAUUCAAUUGCUUAUUAUAAAGGAGAUGAUUACAUGUCUCAAGCCAAAUACGAAUUAUUAAUGCACUUAUGUUCUAAGCCAAUGAAACCAGCUGCUUAUUUCUGCACAGGCGUUGUAUCAGACCCUUCUAGUUUCCAUCACUAUGCUCUUAACGUUCCAAUUUACACACAUUUCACUUCUCCAAUCAGGCGUUACCCUGAUAUACUGGUGCACAGGCUGUUGGGAGCUUCGCUUCGAUACAAUGCUCCACCCCUAAUCAGCGCUGCGGAAAUGGAGAAAUGUGCACAACACUGCAAUGAAAAAAAAUACAAUGCUAAAAAGGUUAGUGAACAGAGUGCUGAACUAUUCCUUAGUGCUUUUAUCAGUGAGUUAGGUUGUGUGCAUGCAAAGGGUAUGGUGAUAGGUGUUAUGGAUCAUUCUUUUGACUGCCUGAUUUUAGAGAUGGGCUUGGUUAAAAGAGUUUAUUGUGAUGGCUUACCCCUGGUGAAAAAACAUUUUAAAAGAUCGCAUGGAGUGUCUAUGCUGAACUUGUUUUGGAAAGAUCCUGAAAAGCCAGAAGGAAUAGAGCAGGCACUUGUUAUUUUUGCUCUUGUUGAUGUAGUACUCUCUGCUGUUAAAGAUACCUUGCACCUUAAUGUAACGCUGAAAAAGCCUAUUCAAUGAGUUGGUUUGGCAUCAGUAUUUUGACUAAGUGCAUUAUUUAUUUGUUAUUUUAAAUGCACUAAUUUUUAUUCUUUACAUUUAACAUAAAAAAUACUAGACAUUUUUUAUACAUGUGCCUUUUUAUUUUUAAACUAUAAGGUUGAUUUUAAUAUUAAGGCUUUAAGUUUAAGGUUAUUUAAAAUUUAAUAAAUUAAUUAUUCAUGUCACUUGAAAUUCUGAUUAUUAUUAAUUGUUUUCAAUUCAUCUACUAAUUAUUUUGAUAGUUUUAAUGACCUAUGAACUGUAUAAGAUUUGUUAGCUAAAAAUAUACAGUAGAGAACCGAUUAUCCAGAACGAUCGGGACCGGAUAACUGAUUUUUCGGGUUUUCUGAUUCGCCACAAAACUGCUUUUUUUUUUUAUUGUUUAUCAAACCUAACUUAAAAAAUAUGAUUUAGAAAUAGUUUUAAAAAGAAGAAAAAACGAGAAAGUCCAGCACAAUACAUAAGUUUAAUAAGAUAAAAAGGAAAAAAAUAAAAUAAUGAAAUUU